AUCAAAUACCUAAUCGUGCAAACAAAAACCUAAAUGCCAACAGACGAGAAACCGAAAAUUAGGGGGGGACAAAUAAAGAAAGCAGAAAAUACAUCGGCGUCCUCCGAUUCGUCCGCCAAGUUUCGAUCCAGCUCAACCAUUUCUUCCCAAACUCAUCUCUAUCAUCCGCAAAUCAAAGGUCGGGAAACUUGACAGAUCUCUCUCCGUCUCUCUCUCAUUAAAUUCCCGUAGCUGGCCGGCGAUGGAGAACCGGCCAUGAUCGUUGGAUCUGGGUGAUGUUUUCUUCGCCUUUCAAUUAGGGAUUAGGAGAUCGGGAUCAGGCAUCUCAUCAGUGAUUAGGUACUUGUUAUCAUCAUUUCAGGACAGCAAAAUUGGAGUGCUAGAAAAGGGAAGGAAGGGCAGGGAAUAGUGGAAAAGAUGAUGGGUGAUGGGGUUAAGCAGAUACUGGCGAAGCCCAUCCAGCUCGCAGACCAGGUGACAAAGCUCGCCGACGAUGCUCACUCCUUCAGAGCUGAGUGCCUGGAGUUGAAAACCAAAACAGAGCGCCUAGCGGCGCUUCUCCGGCAAGCUGCUAGGGCGGAGCUUUACGAGCGUCCAGCUCGCCGGAUCAUGGACGACACAGAACAAGUCCUCGAUAAAGCCCUUGCUUUGGUGACCAAGUGCCGCGCCAACGGACUCAUGAAGCGCAUGUUCACCAUCAUCCCCGCUGUUUCCUUCCGUAAGAUGUCGAUCGGCCUUGAUAACUCCAUUGGAGACGUUUCUUGGCUCCUCCGCGUCUCCGCCGCCGGUGAUGAGGACGGUGACAUGCACCUCGGCCUCCCCCCCAUCGCCCAGAAUGAGCCGAUCCUUUUUCUCAUAUGGGAGCAGAUCGCAACUCUCCACACCGGUUCCCUCGACGCGCGGGCCGACGCCGCUGCAAGCAUCGUGUCCCUUGCCCGCGACAAUGAACGCUACGGUAAGCUCAUCAUCGAGGAAGACGGCGUUGGCCCUCUUCUGCGCCUCGUCAAGGAGGGACGGCUAGAGGGCCAGGAGAACGCAGCUCGAGCCCUCGGCCUUCUCGGCCGAGAUCCGGAAAGCGUGGAGCAAAUGGUCAUCGCCGGCGUCUGCACCGUCUUCUCGAAGGUGCUCAAAGAAAGCCCCAUGAAAGUACAGGCCAUGGUCGCCUGGGCUGUCUCCGAGCUCGCCGCUAACCACCCGAAAUGCCAGGACGUCUUCGCCCAGAACAACGUCGUCCGCCUCCUCGUCGGUCACCUUGCUUUCGAGACAGUACAGGAGCAUUCCAAGUACACGAUUCCUCCCAAGGUCACCUCAAUCCAUGGUGUCGUCAUGGCCAACAACAACCCCACCAAUAUCACCGCCGAUUCCUCCAUAGACUCCUCGGAGCAUCCCGUGGUACGCCACCCCAUGGGUAGUCAAGCCAUGAUGAACCAGAUGCAUAACGUUAUUCAGUCUACCAUGGCUGCCAAGGGGCAGUUACCUCCCAUCCCUUCCAACGUUGGCCCCGACCACCAGUAUCCCAGCCAUCCUGCCAAUGGUCGGCAUCAGCAUAUCUCCCUCGCCGGUACCAGUAUCAAGGGUAGGGAGUUCGAAGACCCGGCCACCAAGACUUAUAUGAAAGCCAUGGCCGCCCGCGCGUUAUGGCAGCUCUCCCGGGGAAAUUCCGCCAUCUGCAAGAGCAUCACGGAAUCAAAGGCCCUCCUUUGCUUCGCCGUCCUCCUGGCGAAGGGAGAAGAAGAGGUUCAGUACAAUUCCGCCAUGGCACUCAUGGAGAUCGCCCGCGUUGCCGAGGAGGAUGCCGACCUCCGACGUUCUGCUUUCAAACCCACCUCCCCCACCGCCCGCGCUGUCGUUGACCAGCUCGUUCUCGUCGUCGAGAAGGCGGAGUAUAAUGAGCUUCUCGUCCCCUGCAUCACCGCCCUCGGGUGCUUAUCAAGGACUUUCCGAGCUACUGAGACGCGGAUCAUUGGGCCAUUGGUGCGGCUUCUCGACGAGAAGGAAGGGAUUGUGAUGCGUGAAGCGGCUAUUGCCCUCAGUAAGUUCUCCUGCACUGAUAACUACCUCCACCUCGACCAUUCUAAAGCCAUCAUCAUGGCCGGAGGAGCCAAGCACCUUGUUCAACUCGUCUACUUCGGUGAACAGAUGGUGCAGAUUGUAGCUUUAAUCCUUCUCAGCUACAUUGCUCUUCAUGUACCUGAGAGCGAGGAACUGGCACAGGCCGAGGUCCUCGCUGUGCUGGAAUGGGCUUCGAAGCAGACUUCUGUGAUGCAACAUCCUGAAAUUGAUGUCUUGUUGCCGGAGGCAAAGGCAAGGUUGGAGCUUUAUCAAUCUAGAGGUUCAAGAGGAUACCAUUGAUUCCAGCCGAGGUGAUGGAUUACCUCCUGAGAAAGGUCAAGCAAGUAUGUCAAAUCGAAGGUUGAAUUUCUUGUGUACAUGCAUUCUAAAGCUUGUUCUAUUUGAAUCUUUCAAGUUUACAGCAAGAUCUAUUUGUUUUGUUUGGCUCUUUUGGGAGGAGGGAGGAAGAUGAUGCUGGUUAGGAGUUUGUGAAGUGCCAUUUCCCAGAAAGGCUUGUUGGAGAUUCUAUUGCUUUUUAUCGAUGAAAGUGUAACAUUCUUAGCUUUUAGCAAUAUUUAUUAUGCUUCUAGUGAUAAAAUUAUAUCUGAACUGGGCGUCAGGAUGCCUCUUUUAUGUGUUAUCUCAGCAAAGUUCUUGAGCUUAACUGUAUAAUGUUGAAAUUAUUAUAUCUGUUUUGUUUCAAGUUUGAUUCUUUUCAUCAA